UGUGCAGAUUUUUUCGCAGUGAAUGGCAAUUUCGGCUGUCUGACAACCGGCACAAAGCAAAAAUUUGGAUAACAAGGACACUAGAUAACCAGUCCGCAAAUGGAGCCAUCUUUGGACAACUACAAGCUGAGCUGCGAGCUCCUGGGCCACAGCAUGGAUGUGCGGGCGGUGGCGAUAGGUGGAAGUGCUCCCGAAGGUGGUCAAGUAAUCCUAUCCGGUUCGCGAGACAAGAGCACAAAGCUCUGGAAACCCGCGGGAAACGAGUACUUGGAGAGUUUGACCCUGCAGGACCACAAGAACUUCAUUUCGUACAUCUAUUACCUGGAAUCGGAGCAGUGGAUCUGCACGGCCAGCAACGAUGCCACCAUUUGCAUUUACAAGCAGGAUGGUUUUGUACCACUGCUUACCCUCAAGGGUCAUGGCUCCACGGUGUGUGCCGUCGCGGAAGGAUUGGAGCCGCGCAGUCUUAUUAGCGGCAGUUGGGACAAGACCGCCCGAGUGUGGACCAUCAGUGAGACGGGUGUCGUGUCCUUCAUUACCCUAGAAGGACACGAGGCUGCCGUCUGGGCAGUGGCUACCUUAAAAGAGCAGAAGAAAUACGUGACUGGCGGAGCCGACAAGAACAUCUAUUACUGGAAUGCUAAGGGCGAGAAGCUGCGCCUGCUCAAGGGACACACGGAUUGUGUUCGUGGUCUUAUUGGGCUGGAGGCCAACACCCUGCUUUCCUGCGGCAACGAUGCCGUUCUCCGCUUCUGGAACGAGGAUGGUGAGUGCGUGCGCCAGUUGAGCGGGCACACCAACUAUAUCUAUUCGAUGGACCGGAAUCAGGCGCUGGGCGACCAGGUGGUGGUAUCCUGCGGCGAGGACAGCACUCUGCGCAUGUGGAAUGUUAUCACUGGCGACGAGCUGGGUGCCCCCAUUACCCAUCCGGCCAUUUCGGUGUGGUCCGUGGCCUGCCUUAAGAACGGCGACAUUGUAACCGGUUGCAGCGAUGGAGUGGUGAGGGUAUUCAGCCAGGAUCCCGCUCGUCAGGCCAGCGCGGGAGUUCUCAAAGCCUUUGACGUGGCAGUGGCCACAAGGAAAUCGCAGAUGAACGAGGAGAUCGGAGGGGUGAAGAAGACAGACCUUCCAGGUCCAGAGGCUCUGUUGUCCAAUGGCACUCGCGAAGGGCAAACCAAAAUGGUGCGUCACCCCGAUGGUUCGGUAAAGUGCUACAGCUGGGAGUUGGGCAAUUGGAAUCUGGUUGGCGAGGUGACCGGAGCUUCCGGCGGCACGCAGGCGAGCUCUGGCAAGAAACUGCACGAGGGCAAGGAGUACGACUUCGUGUUUAAUGUGGACAUCUCCGACACGGAGCCGCCCAUCAAGUUGCCCUACAACCGCGGCGAAGAUCCCUGGCAGGCGGCACAGGCCUUCAUUCAUCGCCACAACCUGCCGCAAGCCUAUCUUGACCAGGUGGCCAAUUUUAUCGUCAAGAAUUCGGAUAGUGCGCCCGUGGCCAUGGAGCAAGCGCCCACUGGCUAUCAGGAUCCCUUUACGGGCGGCUCUCGUUAUGUUCCUGGUUCGAGCAACACCAACGUGCGGAGCGGUGGUAAUGUGGAUCCCUUCACGGGCGCCUCCAGCUACUCCACCGCAAGCAGCAAUGCCCAGUCGCAGGUUGAUGUGAACUUUGUGCGGUCCGGUGAAAAGCACUUUCCCGUGAAGAGCUACCGCACCUUCGACACAUGCGAUGCGAAGAAAGUGCUGGAGAAAAUGAAGGAGUUUAAUAGCAAGAUUACGACUGCCGAUGGCAAAGUUGGGGACGAAGUCCUAUUGGCUGUUAUCAAGCUGACUGAGCAAACUCCAGAGCUGGACCUCACCUCCCUCGAAGCUCUUAUCAUCCUGCUAAAGUGGCCUGCGGCCAUGCUCUUUCCAGUGUUAGACAUUCUCCGCCUGGCCGUGAGGAACGAGGCAAUCUUCAGUGUCCUGAACAACAGCCACAAUUUCCUGGGGAUCGUGAUCCCCCAGCUGAGUGGAUCGGCGGCCAACCAGCUGAUGGUGGUGCGAUGCCUGGCCAAUAGUUUGAGCCACAAAACCGGACGGCAGCAGGUUGAAUCGCAUCUGCCGCAGAUCAUCGACAUGGUCGGAGGCAUCAAGGCGGGCAGUGCCAACCUGCAGAUCGCCGUGGCCACCUUCUACUUGAACCUUACAAUCGCUCAAACGCAGAGCGUAGCCAAAUCCGAGGUCUGCCACGUGGUCACCUCCGGUGUGGUAGAGCUGCUCAAGUGGGCCAACGACCUGGAGGCCUGUUACCGUUCCAUGCAGGCCAUCGGUAACCUGACCACCACUCCUUGCGGCCAGGAGACCGUCGCCCAAGUGGUCUCCGUAGACUAUGUGAUGGACAAGCUGAGGGAGCUGACCAACACCCCGCAAAGCGAGAACUUCAGCAAGGUAAACUCGGCGGGCCAGGCAUUGUUGGCCGCCUUCUAGGAUCUCCGCCUUCCUCGUCAUUUAUGAAUCAUUCUAAAUUAUAUAUAUAUUGGAGAACGUUUUUCUAAAUACACAAUUAUACGCGCUAA